GACGUUAUGAACAUAACAUAUCAAUGUAUAUACACAGAAUAUAUGUAUAGUGCUAUAUAUGUCAUUAUGAUAAAAAUUAUCAAAAAAAAAAAUUAAUAAAAACAAUGUACCUAUCCUAAAAAUAAAUGUACAGCCAAUAAAAUUUAUUGGCAAUAACCAUUAGCGAUUAGCCAUAAUAAAUUUAUAAAUUAUAAGAAACCUUAGGAUAAAUAUCGUAUUAACAUCUUUUCAAAGUUCUAACCAGAAUUAAAAUCGUUAUUUUUUAUCAUAAAAUCGUAUUUUGUCAACGUUGUGAAUUCAGAAUUAGUAAGUAGUUAGUACUAAUGAAUUAUAUAGUUACCAGUGUUGCGAUCAGAAAUAAUAAGUUUGAACCCGUUAAUCAAGAAACAAGCGCUAUUUUUAUAUUUCUACAAUUCGACUAGUUAACAUUACAAUUCGAAGGUAAUGCUGUUAUAAUUUUAGUUGCAUUUGGAUGAUAUUUCUGUUCAUACUUCAAUAAUACGAAAUUCUUCAGUUUGUCUACCAAUUGUUUUGAUAACAUGUCUUCUGAAAGCUGCAAGAAAUUUGAAUGUGAUGAGUGUAUGAAAACAUUUUCAAAAAAGAAUAAUUUAAACGAUCAUAUUUUAGCAAAACAUUCAAACACAAAGAAAUAUGUUUGUUCAAUUUGUAAGAAAUCAUUUUCUUACAAACAGUCAUUUAACAGGCAUAUGAAUGUUCAUAAAGUAGCAACUUCUAUUUACUCAUGUUCAGAAUGUGGUUAUAGUUCUCAGUUAAAAUUUAUGCUGACCCGGCACAUUAAGAGUGUGCAUCUGAAUAAAAAUGACAGUCUUUUCAAAGUAUCCUGUGUGUUUUGCAAUCACCAUUGCUCCAAAAGCAAUUUAUCCGCUCAUUAUGUGCUCUGCCACCCAACAGAAAUUGUUAGUGAACAAUUAAAGUUUGAUAGCCUAGAUGAAUUUUAUGCAUGGAAGUAUGAGGUUGAAGAUCAAGAUAUUAGCAGGUUUGUUAAAGCUCGGACGACAUAUGUUGGUAUAUCUGGUUCUAAACAUUUAUUUUUUAAAUGCCACCGUGAUGGAAAAUAUAAGCCGAAAGGCAAUAACAUAAGAAAAUUAAAGUCCCUAGGUACCAAUAAAAUUGGUUCCUAUUGUCCAGCUAGAAUGGAUGUUAUGGUUGAAGGCAAUGAAGUUAGUGUACUUUAUAUUAAAACACAUAUUGGCCAUGACUUAGAACCAAAACGUUUAACUCUAGCCAAAAAUGAGAAAGAUUUCCUUGCUGAACAAUUAACAAUGCCUAAUACUAAUUACAAUGAUAUUCUAAAUGUUGUUAAAACCUUAAAUUCAACUAGUCGUUUGCAUCAUUUAACAAGAAAAGAUUUAGUUACAAUUAAUAGUUCUAUAAAAGAAGCUGCAAAAAGAAAUAAUACAAUGAUUCAAAACAAUGAUAAACUAGAAGAUACGGCAGAAAUAAACAAUGUCUUUGAUGGAGAUUUGGUAGAUUUAUUUAAUGAUCAAAAUCACAAAAAAUCACCACUUGUAUUAAACCCAGAGAAUGAUUGUAUGGGAUCUGAUAAACAAGACAUUGUUGUUGCAAAUAAUACUAUACUGACUUCAGAUCAUUUAGAACUAAAAAAUAGUUAUACAAAUAAAAUCCAACCUUUGUAUGAAUUAAAUGUUGAUCAACAAAUAAUUGAAUCAAAUGAACAAAUACCAAUUUUAGAGUUCAAUCAUGAAAUAUUGGAGGGCAAUCAAGUUAUAGAUUACCAACAACAAUUGACAAAUAUUGAAAAUGAGAGAAUUAGUAUAAUGGAAAAAAUGAAGUUGAUAGUCAAUCAAAUUACUUGCAAUGAUGAGUUUGCCAUUGUUCAUCAAGGAUUAAUGAAUAUAAUGAGCACAAUUGAUGAAAGAAGGAAUGCAAUUGAUCAAGCGGUAGUCAAUGGAGAUUUAGACAAUAUAAUGAUAUUUGAUGAAAGUAUUUUACAAAAACAAUGCCAGUAAUAUCAGAUGUUCCAUUUUCCCCUGCUUGUCGUUUCAUGUCACUUGGUUUUAAAAUUUCUCGCUUCAAUUAUUUUUCGGUGCUUAUAUCAUACAGCAAUGAAAAUUCCUCCUGUG